AUGCUCCAGCCAACGGACAACGAAAGGCCGACGCGGAAGAGAGACCAGCUCAUCAUGGCAGCCGCCGUGUUCGUGUCCGUGCUGCUGGCAUGCGUCCUCGCUUUCCUGUUCUUCUUCACUGAACACGUGAAGACGGUCGGAUACUGCGUCUCGGACGCAUGUAUCGAUCACGCUAAUAGACUUUCAGCCACGAUAAACACCAGCCGCGAUCCAUGCGACGACUUCUACGCGUUCGUCUGCAGCGGCUGGCAAAAAGGGUUUCCCGCGCUUUCAGUUCAAGACAAACUCAACGAAGACGCCAGGAAGGACGAAAUCAAAGAGCUUGACGCUGACAUUUGGCGCGUUGGGAGAGCAACCAGGCUAUACAACAAGUGUCUAGAUCCACAACAAAGCGAUAUCUAUUCCAACGUUUUAUGGAUCAACCACUUUAUGAACAUCGUCAACCUGGCUUGGCCCUCUAGAGAACCCAACCUUACUGAAGCACGUCCGUUAGAAGUCAUGCUCAACAUGUCCGCAAAUUACGACUUGAACUUUCUGUUCAGGUUAGAGAUCGCUACCAAUAGAUCCACGGGUAACGUGUUGGUCUUCUGCAGGCACUACAAUGGCAUAGUCUGGAAUGAUCGCCUUGAAAGACCCCUGAGCUUGGUGGACUACGCGAAGGUUACCGAACAACAACUCCUGGCACUGGAACGAGAAGUAUACGUUUCCUACGAGCCAUCUCUGCUGCAGCGGAUAGAGAAGUCAUUCAUUGAAUCAAACCAGUAUGAAAGUCAGGGCGAGCAGUCGUGGUUUGCCAUUAGUGAACUCGAUACCAAAACAGUUAACAUAGCGCCUAAUAGGUGGUUAAAGGGCCUUAACAGUGCAUACAGCAGCCUGAAGCUCUCUUGGGCUUUCGAUAACAUUGUAGUACUUGAACACGCCGACAUCCUGAACAGGAUCGACGCACUAUUUCGCGACUACAAUGAAGUUGAGCUAUUGAUCGGCAUUGCCUGGAUAUUCAUCCAGUCCCACCUUUGGGUGGCUGUCGGAAACCCAGGAUUCAUGUUACAUGACAACAGUGAAGAAAAAAGGCAGCGUAUUUGCUUGGAGUACGUGGAUUCUCGAUUCGGGAUUCUCUCCUCCAGUGAGCAUAUAACGCGGCUCUACCCAACGCACGAGGCACGCCUUGGCGUCGCAAGCUUCCUAGAAAGCCUCAAAACCGAGUUCAAUCAGGCUAUGAAAAGGACCCCUUGGGUCGACCGCGAAAUUCGGGAGACGGCGGUGCGCAAGGUCAACAAGAUGGACCUGAACGUCCUGCCUGAUGAACAUUUUUUUGCGCCACUGCAUCGCGCAACACUUUACGGGCACUUUCCUGCCAUCAACGAUACGGCAUUUAUAGAGAGCUGGUUGACCUCUUCGGAAGUGUAUCAAUCCCUACAACUUCACCAGAGCUUCAAUGAUGUUUUCAAGAAGAGGCGCACCUUUCGUCAUCAAGCAUAUACGUACUCGUACCUACUGAAUGCCGUCGACGCUGCCUUAGGGGCAUUGGAACCACCGCUUUUCUACCCUAAGGGUACGUUCGCAAUGAACUACGCCUCCGCGGGGACCCUGCUUGCGAGAGAGCUCGUCAAAAGCAUUGACCCGGCAGGCACGACGGUUAACGACCGUGGCGAGAGCAUCCAUUGGUGGGGAAAGACCGAAUCAGCCGAGUACAAUCGCCGCCUCAACUGUGAUCUCAGGCAGGAGGCAGGACAAAAAGCGAUCACCGUUAUCCCUGCGAUACCGGCGCUUGAACUGUCUCACGCGGCCUUCAAAACGGCCGUCGAGCACGAGACUAGAACGCUCGGCGGCGUAGAGGACCUAAGACUUCGAGGCCUGGACAACUUUGUCGACGACCAGAUAUUCUUUAUGAGUUACUGCUACGUGCUAUGUGGUAAGACAGGUGACAUGAGUGCACAACGAGAGUGCAACGUGCCUCUCAAGCACUCGUUUCACUUCACUGAAGCCUUCCGCUGCCCUGAAGGGUCGCCCAUGAAUGUGGCAUCAAAGUGCUCAUUCUUCGAGCAUUGA